CGCAGACAAUCGCAAAUGUCAUGAAAUCGCAUGGCCGCCAAUCAGCGGCGCAUCCAUGAUGCCACCCAAUGCUGCCAUUGCUCCAAUGCUGAGGCCGCGGGGUGCUACUUGGCAGUACUUGGCAGUACUAUGGUAUUAUUAACUUCUGUCAUAGGUAGCGAUUCUUGCAAAUGGUUAUUGACAGAAGGCAGAUAUAAAGGAGACAAGGAAUGGCAACCAUAUGGCUGCAUGAUGCACCACUAUACACAAACAGACAGCAGAAGAUGUAUGAGAUAUCUAGCUUUCAUGGGCCACCAUAAUCAUUUUGUAUUUAUCGGUGAUACUAGAAUAAGGCAAUUAUAUAAAUCAUUUGUUUCACAAUUUAUGGUUGAGGGUAAAACAUCCGAUCUUACGGAGCUACCAGAAAAUUCCGACUUGGGCUUUAAUGAUGGACAACUCAAGUUAAAUGUACAAUUUCUAUGGAGGCCACGACUUGAUAAUUCUAUGACAGCAAACCUUAGAGGCUGGAUGAAGGCAGAUGCACCUAGUGUAAUUGUCGCAGGCUCUGCUGCAGCUGUGAUUCUUGCAAAUAAUAAUAGUGAUACGCAACUUUAUUCGGAAUACAAUACAGGUUUGAUUCGACUAGUACAGCCGAUAGAUUUUUUGGCUAAAAAGGAUUCUCAAUUUCUAUGGCUCUUACAAGAUCCUGUACUCAAGGAAAGACUGCCCGCACAAUUGUCGAGUUUAGACAACAAACAGAUUAACUUGUGCAACAAAGCAGCCGAGAAGAUAUUAUCUCACAGUGAGGCUCGUAUAUGGCAAAGCAGCAAGUUAGUCGGUACAGGUGUUCUUGAACAAAGUCCAGAUGGUUAUUUGGCGAGUCCAUUGUCACUUCGGCAUAAAGUUCAAAUAUUAUUAAAUACAUAUUGCAAUGAUCAUAUGAAUUUCGAUGAUGGCAGUUGUUGCAGUUAUCCCGAGCCGGCAACUACUUUACAGUUGUUAACUCUAUCUGCGCUUGCAUUAUUCGUAACAAUAGGAGGAGGUGUAUGGCUAUAUAGAAAAUUGUACAGGUAUCGUUUCGAAGUAUCCUAUUCUCAUGUUACCACUGAGGAAGUAAGUGACACGGAAGAAGCAGGUACUUCGGAGGUCAUUCAAGUUAAGCAACCUGAGAUACAAGAUUUCUAUACCCUCAUUACAUCACUGGCUCUCUUUUCAACUAUAUUAGCAUAUUUUUACUUAUGCGACAGAACAAAUUUUUUCAUGAAGGAGAAUAAAUAUUACAGUGAAUUCAGUUUUUGGCUACCACUUGGCUAUAUCUUAGCUCUUGGAUUAUUUUUCACUGAAGAUCGCGAGAGGGGACCGAGAGUGUUAAAUAGAGAACAAACGGAUGAAUGGAGAGGUUUAAUGCAAGCGGUUGUGCUUAUAUACCAUGUUACUGGUGCCAAAAAUGUCUUACCGAUCUAUAUGUAUUUAAGAUUAAUUAAUUCUGCCUACUUAUUCUUGUCUGGAUAUGGACACUUUUAUUAUUUUUGGCAAACUGGCGACGUAUCUCUUGUCAGAUUUGCUAGAGUUAUGUUUCGAUUAAAUUUAUUGACAGUAUCCUUAUGCCUUUGCAUGAACAGACCAUAUCAAUUUUAUCACUUUGUACCAUUAGUAUCAUUCUGGUUUUUAGUAAUUUACUUUCUAGCUUGGUUACCACCCAGAAUAUAUUCUGGAAGUUUAACAGAAUAUGGACCGAGAGCCUUGCUAUACUUUGCUCUAAAACUUUUGGGUCUUGUAUCAACAAUUACCGUAUUAUACAUGUCAGAGGUGUUCUUUGAGAAAGUUUUUGUCACGAGGCCCUGGAAAGCAUUAUUCGUGACAACUGAUGAUGAUAUCCGUGAAUGGUGGUCUCGUUGGAGAGUCGACAGAUACAGCGUAGUCUGGGGCUUGACUUUUGGAGCUGGUCUUGUCGCUCUUCAGAGAAUAGAUCACAUUCCAGGCACUGCAUUGUCUUCUAUACUGGCAUUAAUUUCCUUAAUAGCGUAUACCACUUUCACAAUUUUGUGUCACUCUGUAUCAGAAUGCGAGGAAAUUCAUUCUUACGUUGCGUUCAUUCCGAUUGUAGGCUAUAUUGCUCUUCGAAAUGCAUCAUUGGCAUUACGCGGAAAACAUUCUGCACUUUUAGCUGGAUUAGGUAGAAUAAGUUUGGAAACUUUGGUUGCGCAAGGCCAUAUAUGGUUGGCAGCAGAUUCGCAUGGAGUACUUGUAUUAUUACCCAGAUUUCCCGUGUUGAACUUGUUGAUUACGUCGUUUAUUUUCAUAUGCGCUAGUCACGAAAUUCAUAGAUUGACUCGCAUUUUAGCACCUUAUGCAGUACCGAAUGAUUGGAAACUAGUAGCUCGCAAUUUGUUGCUGUUCACAGCUGUGUUAGUACCUAUCGGCAUUCACGAUGGAAUGUUUUAAAAAAUGCAAAUGUCAUCUUCAUCCAAAAUAAGUUAAAGAUAUUAGUAGUAUUAUAACAUGUAUGAAGAAAACUCCAUAUCAUAGCCCAAAUAAAGGGCAGAUUAACUAAGUAAAUAGA